UUAUAUAGCCUCAGCCUUAGAUUGCCUCUACUUAAUUGUCUACUCUGUGUUGACUUCACAUAGGCACAUUUCUUCUUGUGAUUUUCCAUCACUGUGGUGCAAUGUCUGCAAAUAAUCAGGAAGCAUUUACUGAUACAGUACAGAUUGUUUUAAUUGGUGCUUCUGGCUCUGGUAAGAGCUGCUCUGGAAACACAAUAUUGGGCCAAAAAUUGUUUGCAUCAGAAGCAUCUGCAAAGUCGGUGACAUGUGAAUUACAAGUGAUGGAAGAGGUAAUCAAAGGCUGGCAGGUUAAAAUAAUGGAUACUCCAGGCUGGAACUGCACUGAACGCACUAAACAUGAUGCCAUGCGUGAAAUAAUACAGGCUGUACGAUGUCUUGAUGGACCUUACUCUUUUCUCCUUGUCAUACGUGUUGGCUCAAUGGAAACUGAAGAAGAACUUAAUCAAAUCUAUGAACUUAAAAAGGUCUUUGGACCCUCCUUUAUGGAUCAUACUACAAUCCUGUUUACACGCAGUGAUGACCUUGAGGGUAAAUCUUUUAAGGACUUCAUUAGGGAAGGAAGUAAAGAGUUUCAUAAUCUAUUAAAGCAAUGUGGAGACAGAUACCACUGCUGGAACAACAGAGAUAAAACAUCUGAUGAUGCAGUGGAAAGGUUACUAAAGGAUUUAAAAAAGACAGAGCUGAGAAACACAUACUCCCAAACAAACCAUAAAGAAGAAAACCCUUCUGGUUUUUCCUCUUAUGGUGACCAGCAAGAAAAUGUAGUGACUGCUAGCAAGAGAUCAAAAAAUUCAAUAGACUCAGAAAAAUGUAUGUAUGAAAAUCCAAUCAGAGUUUUAUUUCUUGGAAGAAACAAAGUGGGAAAGACGUCAAGCAUCAAGACCCUUCUCAGGAAAUGUGAACAGUGUAAAAUCAGAGAAGGCUCAAUUUCUGCAUGGACUACCACUGGCCUGACUCUCAAUCUGGUAGAAUCUCCUGUCUUUGAUGAUAAUGUGGAACAAAUCCAGAUGGCCAUCUCGAAAUCACUGUCUGACUGCUGUCCUGGUCCUCAUGUCAUUAUUAUAGUGCUCAACAUUGAGCGAUUCACUCUAGCUGCAAAUACAGCCAUGAAACAUGUACAAGAUUGUCUUGGAGAAAAUGCCAAAAAACACACAAUGAUUCUCUUCACUGGAGCAGAUAAUUUGGAGGGUAAACCAAUUGAAAUCUUCAUUCAGGAGAAUCAGCAACUCAGUGAAUUAGUGAAAAUACAUAAAAACAGAUUUCAUGUGCUCAAUAACAGAGACAUCAGGAAUGAGAUUCAAGUGAAUGAACUCCUGAAGAAGAUUAACGACAUGUAUGAACAAAAUAAUAAAGAAUUUUACACAAAAGGACAAGAAUCUCCAGAUUCUGAUCAAAAAAAAGGAAUGGCAUCUGCAAUGAGCAGCUCAGAUCGUAAUGUAAAUGCUCCAACAACAGGCAUUAUAAAAACAAUCAAGACAUACCUGGGUAUGUCUGACUAGCCAAGUUGCUAUAAACCUUUUCUUCUGAUGUCAUGAUUCUGAUUAUAUCAAUUAUGCUUUUAUAUUUAUUAAUCUUAAUAUGAGUAUAUUUAUCAAAAAAUAAUUUAUUUUACUUCCAGGCAUAUAAGUAGCUUGGCUUCAUAUUAUAGAAGCAGAAGAUGAAGAGUAUUUACACAAUAUUGCAGUUAUUCCUGAAAUAUCAUAACACCUGAAGCAGAGUUUUUUCUAAUAAUAACUGACACUUGGUUUGGUUACGUGUUAUUUACUAUAUAUUGCAACAUGUGCUUGUUCCUUUUUGUUGUAUGAUUUUUUUUAAUUGUAAACCAAUGUUUAUUGCACAUUACAUAUUAGUGCUCUCUGAAAAUAAUUGUGUUGUUAUUUCAAACCCUAUAUUCUCUCCAGCCUUGUGUUCAAAUGCAAAAGAAUUCUCCUUUGUUCUUCUAUCUCUUUCACUCAGUUUUUCUACUCUGAUAUAAACAAUCUAGACAUAUUAAUUACCUUUUUUCUCAUUAACCAUUGUUUAUUGCACUUUCUUGUAUUGCUCUAUUAUUAGAUGUUAUUCUGUAUAAUUAGAUAUCAUGACUGUAUUGGUUAUAGUUUUCCUGCUUGUCUUGUGAUUAGUGUUUGGAGAUUCCUAAAAGUAAUAAGACAUAUGAUUCAGCGAUUCUUUCUGUAUUUGGAGACAUCUCAAUAAUCAGCUAUAAUAAAAAUUCUUUGAAAUAAA